GAGAAAUUGCUUGCGUUGCGAGUAAGCGAAUAGGUUGCACAGUGCAAGACGAAUUGGUUGCGAAUAGAAGCGACUGUCGUGGAAACGCUACUGUUAUUAUUAGUUACUACUACUACUGCCCCAACGAAGUCACGUUGUACGAAUUGGACUUGGCUUAACGUCGUACAAGAUUUUCAUCAAGUAGUUUUUUUCUUGCAGUUUGAGUACAAACCGUAUUUGGUAUUGUUUUGUUUAUUUGUUUAUGCAUAUUUAUUCUCUACUGUCUUCACCUUGUAUUUUGACCACACGCUUUGUACUGCACAAGGUGAAGUUACUAGGGUAACAACAUUUUUGCAACUUGGUUAGUUGAAAUUGUGAUUGAAAUUUGUGAACAAACAGACAAAGCAACAACAACAACAAAACUAUUUUUGCAUGCAAACCUCCAAUUUUCGGGGAAGAAAAGAUGUCCGGUGUUCUGUAACAUCAGCUCAAUAAAUUAACACAAGCAGAAAUGAUGCCAUCCAGGGGAGAAUAGAAACUCCAAAGAAGAUACUAAUCUCCAAAUUCUCCAUUUUUCGGAAAAGAAGAUUCUCGCUUUGUUAUCAUGCUUUUACAUGCUAAUAAAACAAAAACAAAGCAAACUUAUAUGUACAAAAUUUAAUAAGUAUUCAACGAUUUUCAUCAAAAUUGUAAGCUGUGAAGUGAGUUCUCCAGCAGCAAGAUUGUAUUUCUUAAAAAUUAAAGAAGUGUUGGGGUUCGGGACUUUUGAACGUCAAAUAUCGUGCUACCAUGAACGUACAUUUUCAAAACCCUCACAUAUUAAUUUCUAUGUAUAUAAAAAUUCUUCUUUUCCCUUGCUGCUCAUUUCUUGGAAAAAUUAUCCCAAAAAGGGAAAAUAUCCAAGGUAUGGCAUCACUACUAAGCAGUGUACUACACUAUUGUGGCAUUGAAUGUAUGUACGUCGUGAUCAGAUGUGAUUACGAAGGCAACUCGAAUCGUUCAGUGUUUGUUAAACUAUUGGGCAUACUUAUCGUAUGUUUGUACGGUUAUCUGUAUCGUUACAGUUCAUUUAAAUAUUUCAUUGACUAACUUAGAGUUUAUGGAAUUAACAAAAAUCUUGUGGUUUUUCGGGCAAUUAGCUGUGUUAAGUAAGUUCAACGAAAUUGUAGUAGCGCGCAUUGUGAUUUUCAAUUUAAUAAAUUUUGAAGUAUUAAAUAUAGUUGAGAACUAAAUUUGAUUUCAUUUCUCGUAAAUUAAAUGAAUCUCAAGCAAACAGUUGGGUGAAGUGUGUUGUAUAUGAGGAUGAUUGCUGCUUUUUCAAAAUAAGUGCGGAAUAUUUUAUACACAUAUGUGAAAUAUUCAUACAAUUCAUGAAAUAUGUGUACAUAAAAAUCAUUGAAAAGCGAAAAAGAUAUAACAAAAAAGUAAUCAAGUCAAAAUGGCUUGUGUAUACACAUUCACUGAAUGCGACAGCCUUUUGUACAUACGUGUGUGAGUGAGAGAGGAGGCAACAUUCGGGGCAGAAUGCUCAGGACUCAAUAGCAACAAAAAAAAUGCCAGAAAACUUAGGACCGCAGCGCAAGUGAAGAGUGUCAUUGUUAGUGUAGCAAGAGGGAAAAUUUAAAAUAAUUUUUGAAAUAAGAUCAGUACAAACAGGCUUUUGUGAUUUAAUUUACAUGUACGAGCCCAUACCCGUUAAACCAGUUCAGGUCGUAGCCAUACCUAACUGUAGAUUAUAGUCCUCCGGACAACUUCUUAUACUUGACAAAUUAGCCAUUAAUAUGGGGUUAAUUUUUAAUGCUACUUCGGGCAAGAACAAUAACAAACGAAACAACGGUCUCCCAAAACCGGUAACCCGCAAAGUUAAAAAGCCAGAUGAUUUAACGACUUCAGCGCUGAGAUUUAGAAGUAAUAUUUUGUCGAAAGAAAUCUGUACUUCACAUUCAGCAUUUUGCCAAAGUCGUAUAAAAAACGUUGAUUCUGAGUAUGCCAACAGCAUUAGCAGCAGACGAUUCAGAGCCAAACGCAAGGAAAAGAGCAGCAACCUGAUCGCAGAAAGCCAAAUUAAAAGACCACUAGGAUUUAUGAUUUUCAAUAGAAGCAGUGUUAUCAGUGACAACUGUACAAUCACCCGGGGUAAAAAGAUUGAGAAUUGUUUCCCUCGGUUCGAAUCGCACUCUCUAUUGUCCUGUAAUUUUGAUAGUAGUAGCGAUUUUACAAAAUCUUUUCAACGGCGAAGCGCGAAAUAUGUUAUGCAGGCAGUAAUGCCAAUAAUGAAAAAAUAUACUGGUGAUAACGCUCACGUCAGUGCAGAUGCGGUGUCAUUAGAGCAAGCAACAUCUGCACUCAUCUCCAACAAUCCUCGGCUAAAUUGUACUCAUCACAAGACAAAGUGUCGUUCUAGCAAACCUUACCGUAACCAAUUUAGAGGUACAGCGGUAGUAGCGGUAGGAAAAGCAACGAAUAGGGCAAAACAGAUGACAGUAUUUCCCAAUAUAACAUUGGUACGAAAACUAUCACCAACUGGAUCGUGUGCGCCUAAGAUUAUAUCUCCGCAAACUUUGAUAACAUCUGUUACAAACCGAUCAGUGUCACCAACGUCGACGGUGGCAUCAGUAAUGCCAACUUUAGCAGGAACGCUAUUAGACGUCCCGGUUUUUUCCCAGCUUUGGCAACAGCUUGUGAAACUACUAGGGAAUUCAGUAGCAGGAAUAACUUCGCCAUAUAGGUUUUCAAAAGAACAUGUUAGAUCAACUCUAAAAACGGCAAGAAAAACAACGAAAAUUUCUAAAGCAGUGGAUCAACUACAGAAGCACUCAACAACAUCUGAAUCAAUAUUAACAGGGACAGCAACAUGUAGUAAAAUAACUGUAUCAGCCAUACCGACGGCGCCUUCAGGCUGCUCAUCAUCGCGUACGAAAUCGCGGUUGUUACCCAGUGUGGGUACCACCUCAUUCUUUACAUUGUUGACACUCAUUUGCUUAGAAACGGUACUGCUCUCUACUGUAUCUAAUUGUGCAAAAACAUUCUACAUGCAUUGGAAUACAUCGAACAGCAUGAUUGAUUUUGCCUAUAAAAAGCCUGCGCGCUUUUGGAAAGGACACAUUCCGUUUGGUAAUCGGCGGUGAGCAGAGCUGGGGUGCUUGCCAAUGACUACCUUUGUAGUGUGGACAGCGUUGGCUGGCCGCUGCAAAACAGGUGUUGUUCUUACUCGUGCUGCUUAGCUUACUAAACGCAUUUGUUUUCCGGAGUUCUUAUUACAAUUAAAAAUACGAGAGAUAUAUUUUACGAAAAAAAAACACAAUGUUAUAAGUUUUAAAUAAUAAAAGAAAUACAACGUUACAGUUUCUUAAUGCUUUCAUCCACUUACUUUGGGAAUAGUUGACAGAGUCAACAUAAUGCAAAGUAUUGUUUUCGACUUUUUAGAUAUAUUAUAACUAUAAAAAUGAAGUAAGCAUAUUUUGUAAUCUGAUUUAUUAUCCAAUAUUACUGGCUCAUCAAAAUGACAUGAAAUCAAUAAUGAAUUUCCAUCCAAUGGUAUGAUAGGCAUUAUUUAAUCAAUUAAAAAUUUUAAACAAAGAUGACCGCAUUUUUGAUCAAAAUUAUUUCUAAUGUACACAGUAUUUUUAUUCAUGCCAAAAUAUGUUUCAACUAAUAUUGGUUAUUUAUUUAAAUCAAAUGAGUCAUAAUAUUGUAUAAAAUAUAAUUAUUCUUUUUAUAUGCUACCCAAUAUAUUAUAUAUACAGGGUGAACGAUAUUUAUUUAUUUAUUUAUUUAAUACACAAACGCCAAUCGGCAAUAUACAACUUGGUAACAAUUAAUGAAAAGAGAAAAAAUGAAUUUUGAAGGUUUUGAAGGUUUAAAGAAAUUAAUUGGGUAUUUGUAACAAUUAAUUGAUUCAAAAAAAAAAAAAAAAAAAAUUGUUCGAAAUGUUGUUUGACCUGGGGGUAUGGUAAUAUACGUGAUUUAAUAUAAUAUCUAGUACGAAGGUAUUGAGUGAUCCGCUGUAAAAGUCCACCUCGUUGUGCAGAGAGUUGACGAUCCUAGCUAUUCCGUUAUGUGGACCGUUAAAAAUAUAGUUUUUAGUUGCCCUUGUGGUUUUUAGUAGGUGAUUGCGUCUCAGUGGAAGUCGAACAGGUGCCAAUUCAAAGCAACUAUUGAUAUCUGGGGUAUCGAUCAGGUCAGUCACAACUUUGCAAAAGAAUAUUAGGUCCCCUACCUGCCGUCGUGCCUGCAAUUUAUUGAUGUGGAACUGGUCAUAGAUCUCAAGUGUUGAUCUGUAUCCUCCUUGACGACUGUAUCGGUAAUCCAGGCUUCUGCAAAGUUUUACUUGUACUCGUUCAACGCGUUUGAUUGCAGAGUCAGUAAAAGGAGACCAGAUUACUGUGCCAUAUUCCAGAAUUGGAAGGACUAAGGAGGAGAAAAGGCUCAGUAAGGUGUUGGGAUUUGUGAAGUCCUUGCUGGUACUUGCAAUAAAACCAUGAGUUUUAAACGCUUGGAGAGUAACCUUAUUAAUAUGGUUGUUAAAUGUCAAUCUGUUGUCUUUGAUGAUACCUAGAUCCUUAAUGCUGUCAAUUUCACUUAUUGUCUCAUUGUUUGAAUGGUAGUUGGUUGGAGUACAGACGUGCGAUCUUGAGAAAGAUACUGCUGCACACAUUUUGAUAUUCAGGCCUAGUUUGUUUCUGCUGCACCAGGCCGACAAUAAGUCAAUAUCACUCUGGAGAAUUUUGAUGUCUUGUACACUAGUAAUCGAUCUGCAGAUUUUUAAAUCGUCCGCAUAUAGCAGGUACAGACGGUAAAUGAUCGCCAAUGUCGUUAACGAAUAUGUUGAACAGAGUUGGACCCAGGUGUGAUCCUUGGGGCACACCCGACGUUACAUCAUGCUUGGUGGAUAGAUGACCAUCCACCCUUACUUGAAACUGCCUUUCAGAUAGAUCCAGCCCAGAGCAUUGCCUUGAAUACCGUAUCUGUUGAGAUUAUUUAUCAGGAUACAAUGAUUGACUCUAUCGAAUGCUUUGCUAAAGUCCGUGUAGAUGGUGUGCUCUUCGUGUCCUUCGUUUAGUGCUUCUUGGAGGUAGUUGAUAUAGAUAAACAAAUUCGAAGUAGUAGACCUCCCGCCAACAAAACCGUGCUGCUUGUUGGUGAUAACGUUCGAGAAAAAUGCCGUGAGUUGGGGGAGAACUUUUUUUCAAAGAGUUUAGCGAGAGAGGAUUGUAUGCAAAUUGGUCUAUAGUUGGAAACCUCAGACCUAGGACCGUCCUUGUAAAUGGGACAGACGUAGGAGGAUUUCCAAACUGUUGGGUUUGUAGAGAGAAAUCAACUAUACGUGUGAGAUGUCCGCUGAGGCUGGUAGCACAGUUUUUGAGGAAGGUGUUUGGUACUCCAUUCGGGCCAGCACCUUUCUUUGUAUUCAAUGUCAGCAGCGCUUUGUAAACGUCAUUUAUAUUAACCUCGAACUCGGUGAUAGUAUUAGUCGGCCUGUGUCCUAGAUCAGCUAACGUUAAGCCUCAAUGCGGAUCCUGAUUAUAUACACUCUUGAAAAAGGAUGCGAAAUUGUUACUAAUCUCAAUGCCGGAGUCAGCCGACAGAUUAUUCCAAGUCAUGGUAGACGGAAUAUCGCUGUUACUCCUUCUUUUAUGUCUAAUUUCCAAAAUGCAUUUGUAUCAGUCCGAACCUGCUGCUCAAUCUUAUCUAUAUAAUUUUUGUAGCAUAAUGUGUUGAGCCCCUUGCACUCCCGUCUAAGUUCGCUAAAUUUUCUAUAGUACAAAUUAGUAUCGUUUUUCUUGUAUUUUUUGUAGUUUUUUUGUAUUUUUUUGUAUUUUUUUAAUUCACUUGAGAACCAGUAAGGGAAGUGACUUGUUUUUUUGACACGCACUGGAACAUAUGAUGAGAUGCCUUCGUGGAUUAUGUCAUUGAGUCCUUUUAUUUUGCAACCUACAGUGCUUGAUGAAUAUAAGUUAGACCAAUCAGCGUUUACGAAGAAGUUAUUGAGAUUAUCAUAGUCACCGUUCUUGAAAUCAUAGUAAGUCGGUGUUGCAGGCUUUAGACUGGGCUGGGGUGAGCUGCUAGGAAGGUUAAAGUCGCCAGUAAUAAGGAGAUUUGCGGCACUAUGUUUUUCCUUCAGAUAGUGAAGCGUAUCAAUGAAUGUCUUGAAAGCUGCGAGUGAAGCUCUCGGAGGAAAGUAGACACACCCGACGAUGAUAUCAGAACUAUUGCACUUCAAUUUUACGUAGAUGUGUUCGAUGCUGUCGUUGAGAAUGGGAAUACUUUCUGCUUGAAUAUAUUUCUUUACUGCAAUGAAACCGGCUCCGCCGCGUUCACUGACACCUGUUGAGCUGCUUCUGUCCUUCCUAAAGAUCUUAAACGUGUUCUCUAUUACCUCCCCGUCAUUGAUGGCUGGAUGAAGCCAUGCUUCAGUGAUGCAGAAAGCAUCAAUGCCACUGAUCGAUGCCGCUGUGAGAAAGCUUCCGAGGUUGGUACGCAGGCCUCUCACGUUCUGGUAGUGAAUUUGUAGAAUCGACUGGGUUUCCCUUUUUGCUGAGCGAGCGAAAAAUUUUUCCAACUAUCUUAGGAGCACCAUUGACAUAUUUUAUUGUUUUUGAAGAGUCACCAUUAUUUACAAAUGUGUCUAACUGGUCACGAAGAUCCUUAAGAUGUGUCAGCUGGGCCAGAAUGAGAUCAGAUUUAAAUGAGACUUUGGUUGAUCCAUCAGUGGGUUCAGGUGGUUUAGUCCUGAGAAUUGCUCGAGCUACCGAUGGGGAUGGAGUUUCCACCAGUAAUGGGCGAGUACGACCAGCCGAGGGACGACCUAGGCGGCGAAGUUUGAAUCUAUCUAAAUUAGCUGAGACAUCCGGUGGUAAUAUUGUCUGGAUUAUGGUUUUGUGGAAAAUUUAUAAUAGCAACCCUAACGAAUACCAUAUUCAACGGUCGAACCAAGAGCAGUAACCAAACCAAAUAACUCGCAAACAAAUACGGCACAUAAAGCCAACGAAGAAGAUACAAACAAAAAUGCAACAGCAAAUAUCAGCGCAGCCAAGAAAAAAACAUCCAACAACAUACCCAAAUCCCAGCAGACUAACAAUGCAACAACACCAAAUUUAAAAGAGAGCGGAUUUGAACAAAUUCGAGCUUGCUUGCGAGUCCUAUUCCAACUCCUUCCCACUGACUUUAAAUAUCAACGUAGAAACCUCCAACCUCCAUAAAGCGAUUCGAUGUGCGGCCAACGCCUCCAUACCCCUGUCCUCAACAAAACCAGUAAAACCAGCCCCAUUAUGCUGGAACAAAGAAAUUGCCUCCCUUAGGCAAGCCAAGCAACACGCUUGGCACUAUUUAAAAAUUGAACGCACAAUUUCGUCGUGUAAUUAAGGAUGCAAAGCCGCACUGUUUUCAAAAGUUCACCAGCAGCAUUUCUGCGUCAUCCUUAGAGAAUAUGGGCAGACAUAAAAAAGCUCAGUGGUGUACCUUGCAAUUCCCAAAUCAACUUCCUUAAUUCCUCUCAUGGCAAUCUUCUAUAUCCUUGGGAUAUAGCUCAAGAAUUUGCCAGCCACUUUUCUAAUGCCUCUUCAGACCACACUUUUCCUCCCGAAUUUAUUAUCUCUAAACACUCGCUAAUUCCCCGAAAUCGUACCACUACUUCUAAUCUCUCCUACUCUGCCAGACUCUUAGAAGCCGACAUAUCUCUCCUUGAGCUCAAACUUUCCCUGUUCGCAACAAAAGGCCAGACUCCCAGCAUCGACAAAAUAUCCUAUCCCGUGAUUAAGCAUCUCACUCUUUCCCUCCUUCACCGUUUAAACAAGCAUUACAACAAUAUCCUCACCACAGGUCACUACCCACACGUAUGGAAAACAAACGCAGUAAUUCCUCUCCUAAAACCCCGAAAAUCACCUUGCGACGUCAACAGCUAUCGCCCAAUUUCACUCCUUCCCUUCCUAGGCAAAUUAAUGGAGAAGAAAAUCGCUACCAGACUAACCUGGUAUGCCCACUCAAACAAACUCAUCCACCAAGUCGCCUUCAAAAAGGGACAAGGCACAACAGAUGCCCUAUUACAUCUUGACCAUUUUAUUUCAAACGCGCUUUCCAGCAAAAACCACAUCUCCUUGCUUUCACUCGACUUUCAAAAAGCAUUUGAUCGGAUUGGAAUUCAAGUUGUACUCAGAGAACUCGACAAAUGCAAGAUCGGUCCCAAAUUGUACAAUUUCAUAAAAUCAUUUCUCUCGAACAGAAAAUUACGUGUACUUAUAUCCAACACCCGCUCUCCCAUUUUUCCACUCGAUAAUGGCACUCCACAGGGAUCCCCUUUAUCGGUAAUUUUGUUCAUUAUAGCCUUUAACGAAAUUAGUAACAUUUUGAACAAUUUUCCAACAAUCCAACACCAAAUAUACGCAGACGAUGUAUUGCUAUUCUCCAAAUCCAAGGAUAAAGCGGAAGUAAUGAGAACCUUUUCCAAAAUCCUACACCUUUUAUCCACCUGGUCUCUAUCCUUAGGCCCUUCAAUUUGUCCUAGUAAAACCAAAAUGCUUCAUAUAUGUAAAAAACGGAAGUGUCCUCCUUCUUCCCUUACCCUCCAUGGCGUAAAUAUUGUAAAUACAGAUAACACAGUGCGACAUCAAAAAUCAAACCGCACCGGACCUUUUUUUUCUGAAAAUAUACCUAUUCAAAGCAAAACCCUCGCUGGGAUUUUAAAAGUUAGCUCGAUUUUUUUUUUUAUUGCGUUUUGAAGUUUUCUAUUUUCAUGAGAUUUUGGAGUUUUACCUGUACGCUAAAUUUGACUUAUAAAUCGACCUUUGUUUGAUUUAAUCGAUUUAUUUUGUCAUAGCUUGAUGCAGAAAUGUCGUACAUGUACAAAUAAACUUAUUUUGAGAACAACC